UGGUCAGCGGCUCUGGGGGUGACAUUAGUCUCGUUCAGAUGCAUUAGCCACACGUGAAAAUGCUUCACGAAAAAAUGGCGUCCAUCGAUUCUCAAAAACAGAAGAGCACAUCAAGAAAAAGAGGUUGGAAAUCUGUUCCCUUUAAAGAUAAUGACAUUUUUAGCUUUAAAGAGGAGGGCUUGAUUUCUUUUGAAGAACUUAUAGAUUACAAUGUAGCAGAUUUUGUAGAACCCACGGCCAAGAGUGGACCAAAGAAAAGAAAAGUUGGGGAAAAAAGCCUAUCAGAGAAAGAGCCUGCUGUUUUGGAACGGUCAAGAAAAAAGAAAAAACGAAAACAGCGAACCAAAAAAGGGAAUGUGUCAAGUAACCAGUCAUUAAGUGAUGCCAAACAAAUUGAUAUGAUGACAGACGAAGAAACGAAUGCAGAUAGUGAAAAGGUGGCCAAAGAAGAACACGGAGACGAUCAAAACAAUAUGAAGCAGAGUGAUGAUAAGGAAGACGUAAAGCUGAAGUGUGAUAUGAGUGACUGGCAGGGCCUAGGAGUACCUCACGAAAUUUUAGCAGCAAUAUCUGAGCAAGGUUUUUCAAAGCCAACGCCAAUCCAAACAGCUACCUUGCCACUGGCAAUAUUUCAGCAUCAAGAUAUAAUUGGUGCGGCAGAAACAGGUUCAGGUAAAACAAUGGCUUUUGCUCUGCCUGUGUUAACGCAUAUUAUGGAUUAUAAGAGGAAAAGGGCUGAUAAGAUAUCUAAGGAUGUGCAGACCACAAAUACAUUAGAGAAACCCCUUUAUGCACUCAUUCUAACCCCAACAAGGGAACUGGCAAUUCAGAUCCACAGAACAAUGAAAAAUCUCACAAAGUAUGUUUCAGUCAACUGUGCUGCCAUCGUUGGAGGACUUUCAGUCCAAAAACAAGAACGUACUUUGAGAAAAUGCCCAGAAAUAAUAAUUGGAACUCCAGGUCGUUUGCUCAGCAUCAUCAAGGAUGGUGAUCCACAUUUACAGAAGGUUGAUCAAAUCAAGUUUUUAGUUAUUGAUGAAGUUGACAGAAUGCUUGAGUUUGGACAUUUUAAAGAAGCAACAGAGAUACUGAGGCGACUGUCACUUGGAAAAUCAAAAUGGCAAACAUUCCUUUUUUCAGCCACGUUGGCGGUACCACAGUACCACAAAAAAUGGUCAGCAAAAUUGAAAUCUCAAAGCGGUGAAGAAAGUGUACAGAAACUAGUUGACAAGGCACAAGUGAGCCCAAAGGCACAAAUUAUUGACCUCACCAAGAAGCACAUUGCAGCAGAACAAAUAAAGCAGAAUAGAGUCAUGUGUACUGAUGAAGAGAAAGAUCUCUAUCUCUUUUACAUUCUACUCAAUUUUACUGGGCGUAUAUUGAUCUUUGUAAACAGCAUCAACACCACAAGAAAGAUUGCCAAUUUUCUUACAAUUCUUGGAAAAAAAGCUUUGCAGUUGCAUGCUGGUAAACAACAAAAACAGCGACUAAAAGCUCUAGAUAGAUUUUCAGCAAAUAGCGAUUCAGUAAUGGUUGCAACUGAUGUGGCUGCAAGAGGCCUUGAUAUACCAAAUGUUGAUACAAUUGUUCACUAUCACUUGCCAAAGGAUCCUAAGAUAUACAUCCACAGAAGUGGGCGGACAGCUCGGGCAAUGAAUGUUGGACAGAGCAUUAUACUUGAAGGACCAGGUGAUCUAAAAGAAUACAGAAAAAUUUUUGAAAUAAUGAAAUUGACUGAAAACAUUCCAUAUUUAGAGAUUGAUACAAGACUACUACCUGAUAUAAAGAGAAGAGUUAGCUUAGCAAAGAAAAUUGACAAAGAAGAACAUAAGAUAAACAAAUUAUCAACUGAAAAGAAGUGGUUUCAAAAAGCUUCAAAGUCACUUGAUCUAGAAAUAGAUGUUGACCAGAAUCCAACAGAGAAGAUAGGGAAAAAGGAUAACAAAGUGUUACAGUCUCUAAAAAGGGAGUUGGAGUACUUAUUGAAGCAACCUAUUGUUCCUGCUGGCUUUUCUGGCUCUUAUAUUACAAAGUCUGGUAAAUUAGAGACAUUGAAAUUUUGACAAUUUUGUUUCUUUUCUUGUUUUGUUUCAUUUUGUAACUACUAGAAAUAUAUUCACUUUAGUUAUUAUGUCAUAUAAUAUGUUAAAAGUUUUUAUUGUGGUUUUUAAAGUUGACCAAGGAGCAGUUUUUGUCACCAGUGAAGACUUUGAUAUUAAAAUGGAGCUUAUUAUCUUGAAAUGCAAAAGCAAACAGUAUUAAUUGUUUUUGUUAAUACUAGCAUACACAAUAACUAAGAUCA